AUAAGUAGAUUCAGGGGACUCGCUGUCAAUUUCAAUCGGUAUUAAAUCAAGUUUCAAUGAUUCUUUUACGGCCACAUAUUUCGGAUUUGACUAACACCUUUAUAUGCCAUAGUUAUAUUUUAUUAUGCAUCUAUGUUUAAAUAUUCCGGAAGUGGUCCAAUGUGGAAAACCAUAAUCCAUCCGGAAGUAGAAGAUUGUCGACAAAAUUGGUGGACAAAUAUUUUAUACAUCAGCAAUUAUAUCAACGUAGACAAAAUGUGUAUGGUACAUUCGUGGUAUCUCCCUUGCGACUUUCACUAUUUCAUGAUAGCAGUGGUAUUAUGCAUUAUAAUAUACAAAAACAAAAAAGUCGGUCUAUCAUUCUUAGCUCUGGUCACUUUGGUGGCUAUAAUUGUUCCAUUUAUCAUUGUAUGGCAAUACCAAACAUCAGCUGUGAUAUAUUUCUACCCGAACUUCUUGAGACAACCAAAGAAACAAGACGACUUUAUCAUAACAUAUUCCAAAUCGCACACAAGGGCUUCGCCGUAUUUCAUCGGAAUGGUAGCUGGUUAUUUAUACUACAGAAUGAGAGGAUCGGAAAAAUGCCUCAAAAGAGUUUAUUCCCAUAUAAUAUUACUCACAUCUAUAUCCAUUAUGAUGACUUCAUUAUUAACCGGUAUAGUUUUCUACGACGCAGAAUACGAAUACGAUGCAGUUGAAUCGGCAUUAUAUGCAUCUUUACACAGAGUAGCAUGGUCUCUAGGAUCAAUAGGUGUAUUAUACGUGGCUAGCUACGGACACGCUAAAUUGAUUUACAAUUUCCUAUCGUGGAAACCAUGGAUACCUCUCAGUAAAUUAGUAUACGGUGCUUACCUCACUCAUAUGCAAUUUCAAAUGAGAGCAGUUGCUAGGAAAGGCGGAGCUGAUUUCAUAAGUUAUUUCGACGUGGUAAGUACUAAUUCAAUUUACACAUUAAAUAAACAUAGAUUAUAUGGUUUUAUAUUAUUUCAGAUAAGCUACGCCUUGUCAGAUAUGGUCCUAGCGUUUUCGUCUGCUUUUGUAUUAUAUUUAGCUGUAGAAGCACCUUUUAGGAAUCUAUUUAGUUUACUUUUGAUGCACCCUUCGAAAGAUUCUAAAUCGAAGCCGAAGCCUGUGGAAGAUCAAGAAAGCGUAAGCGAAGUAACUUGUGAUAGUCAUUUAUAAAGUAGCUCAAGUAUAUUUAGAUGAAUGUAGUAUUAAUUUUCGAUGUGAAAGGUCUCUAUUUUUUUACUAGAUCGAUAAGUGAUUCAUGAAAUAACCAUAAAGGCUGAAUGUUUAACAUAAAUCACCGGUUAUUGUAUUCCAGUGACGAGCUAAAAAAUAUUCAACUAUUUUAUUUUUGCAACUUUGGAAUUUUUGGAACUUUUUAAAGAUUACGAAGUGUAAAUAUGAAAUAUGUGUAUUUAUCGUUGGUUAGGUUAGGUUAGGUUAGGCUUUUUUUAUAGGUAAUUCAUGGGAGUUUUUCUCUCUUUCACUUUUCAAACAGACUAUAACUCUUCUACCUUUAGAUAAAACUUAUUAUUUUUGAUUGUAUUUUUUUUAAAAAUCAAUAAGUUUUAUGGAUGCAACUUCAUAGACUUCAUACUUAGGCAGUCUGUAAAAUUGAAACGUUAACUGUGAGAAAAGAAAAAAAAAUUACUAGUCCUAAUCAAACUUUCUUUCAAUAGAAUGUAAUGUAAUAGAAUGUUUCAUGUAAUAUUAAUAAUAUUUUGUAUUGUUUCAUUAUAUCAUAAAAUGCUCACUUGUUAAGUACACGCCGCCAAUUUUUUAGCGUUGUUCUACUCAUUAAAUUUACGUUACUUUGUGUUAUUUUUGUGAAUAAAUAUUUAUACAGUU